AUGGACAGACAUGUCUCCUCCAAGGCUGACGAGUCCAAGUUGAAGUCGUCCAAUGCAACUCCCAGGCCUGUGACAAAACCUUCUGCCCCGAGACUGUCGACUUCUUCCAGACCCUCGACAACGGCUUCUGCAGCCAAGGCGAGUGUCGGCGGCUCUCUGAGCAAACCACCUGCACGCCCAACAACCACGUCUACGGCUCGAAGACCUACGAGUACGUCUACCUCGUCCACGACCGCCCAGACCAGCCAUGCAACGAAGCCGUCCGUCAGCUCUAUCGAUGAGAGGGCCUCUGGCGAUGAGAAGAGAAAGGAGGGGAUCUCAGCACGGCCCAAGAGGAUGUCAUUGGCUUCAAACACCAGUGCUGACCGAACUGCGACGUCCAAGACCGUCAGCGCAACGCCAGCUCGGCGGACCACUCUUCAGCCAACCACCACCCGAGCCAGUGCUGCCAGCCCGGUUGGCAGUAGGAAAGUACCCGCGACUCCUAGUACCUCACGGACAACCCCCAGCACCACUGCGCGUUCAAGGCCUCUGGCGACAGUAGCCUCGCGAAACAUUGGGGCCAGCGGUCUUGCUGAGAAGAAGCGUCUGAGCACGAUACCAGCGUCCCCUGCCACCAAGCCAAGUGCGGAAGAAGCAGAACAUAAUAAGGAAAAUGCAGUUGGGCCGACCGAGCACAAACCUGUCCGACCUGCGCUGGGUUCUAGAAAGUCCACUCGCUCUGUCCUGAUUGAGCAGCAGAUACGUGAGUUCGAACUUGUCAACAGUAUGCUUCAAGCGGCCAUGGCUUCGGAUGGGGCGGACGAAGAAGAGAAGCACAACAUCUCCGAGGAAGCUGCAGCAACGAUCUCCAAGCUGAAGUCUGACCUUGCGAAAGUACGAGAAUUUGAGAGGACUCAUGGUCGUCUUCCAACCAACGCUGAGCUUGAGGAAGCUACCUCUGUCACAGCAGAAAGUGGUACAAACUCUCCAAUUCGCGAAACUCUUAGCCAAGGUGAAGAUGCGGGACUUGACGUCUCGGUCUUGCAGACUGAGCUCGCUCAGAGCAAGGAAGAGGUUAGCAGUCUACAUUUGCAGCUAGCUGAGCUCAAGACGAAGCUGGAGGAGUUUAGCAAGAGUGCAGAAGAAGAGUCUCGUGCGGUGCAGGCUGCGGCUGAGUCGACAGAGAAGGACCAUGCUACCAAAAUUCAAGAGCUAAUAGCACUUAACGAAGGGAAACUCGGCGAGGUGGAAAUCGCUCACAAGGCGAAGCUGGACGAAUUAGCAAACGAUCGACAAUCCGAGGUGGAUGCACUCACGCAAAAACUCUCGGGCCAGGUGGCGGCCAAAGAAGCAGAGGCCAGUCAACUGAGGGUAGAGCUCGAUGAAUUGCGGAUUUCGGGAUCCUCCAAGGAGUCUGCAAACCAAAGCGAGCUGGAACGACUAAAGUCAGAGCUUGAAGAACUCCGUGCUGCAGCAAACAAGGAGAAGCUGGUGAAGGAUGCUCAAAUAGAAAAGCUCAAACUCGAUCUCGAGACCAAGAAGAUUGAAUCAGACAGUGUGAGCGCAAGCGAGUUCGUACCCUCUCCGAGCAUCUCGCCAACCCAAAGCAUGGAGCUUGAAGAGGCACAAAAGAAACUAGAGGCCGCGCAGACUCGUCAUCAAGCCGCCAAAGAGAACGCGAAAACCAAAAUUGCACGACUGCAAGAGGAGUUUGAGACGAAGAGCCGAACCCUUGAAUCCCAGCACAAAGAGGAGCUCGAAAUGCUCAGAGAAAAGCUCGCUCAGACUGAAGCAGCUUCUGCUGAGAAACAGAAACUGGUCGAGCAGCAAGAGGAAUCCCACGCAAAGCUCAAUGAGGAAAUGUCUCAACAGGACCAAGCAAUGCAAUCUCUGAAGCAGCAACUGAUCGACCUUCAGCAAGUAAAGGACGAAGAGAGAGAGGCUCAGGCCGCCACGAUAGCCGAGUUGCAAGAAAAGCUGCAAGGCCUCGAACAGCAGAAGGCCGAUGACCUCGUGGCUGCACAAAACGCACAUCUCGAGAAGGUACGGGAAAUCGAGGAUCAACUGAAUGCUACCAAACAAAGUUUGCAGGGCGCGGAAGAAUUACACAAGAGUCAACUGGAAGAAUCAUUGCGACAGUCGUCUGAGGAGUUGAGCAAAGCCAAAGCUGAACUUCAAGAGGCGAAAGCCGACCAUACAAGCAAGCUUGAGGCCCUGCAAGCAGAACUUCAGAAGUCCUUGGAUCAAGCUGGUACGACGCAAGGUGACCACGAAAAGGCCGUUUUAUCAUUGCAAAGCGAACUGGAUGAGGCAAAGACUGCUCUUACCGACGCACUCGAGAAACAUGAGAAACUUCUGCAAACCCAUGAGGCUGAGGGUAAUACUGCCAAAGAAGAGCUGGCUCUUUUGAAGGCUACUCACGACGAAGAGUUACAGCAAGCUCAUUCUGAGGCACUGGCAAAGCACGAAGAGGGGAUUGCCGGGCUGAAGGUGACCCAUGCUGGGGAGGUGCAACAACUGGAGGAGAAACUCCAUUCUUCUCAAAAGGAAAUAUUGACCCUUAAGGAGAGUCAUGCAUCCCGAAUUCAGGAGCUAGAAGAACAGAUGAAGGCGUCUUUGGCUGGUCUGGAAAGCCUCGAAGCUGGCCAUAUCGCAGAACUUGAUCGCGUCAAGGUUGCUGCUGAAGAAGGUCAUCAGAAAGCAAUCGAAGAAACCGAAAGAGCCCACGUAGAGCGUGUCCGCCAACUUGAGCAGCACCUCAACGCGGUCGAGGCCGAAUUGUCGAACAUAAAGGCUCGACACUCCGAAGAGCUUGCCGAGAUGGAGAGACGAAGAGUUCUGGAUCAGGAGGUUGCUAUGAGUGCUCUUAAUGAGUCCCAUGCAAACAGAAUCACAGAAUUAGAGGCACAGCUCAAAUCUGCCCAGGAAUCCUUGGAAUCUAGCAAAGCCGAACACACCGCACAACUACAAACAUUGGAAGCAGACAUUGCUUCUCGCCAUACUCACACCAUUGAAUCGUUGAAAUCCACCCAUGCUGAGCUUCUCAAAGAGGCCGAAUCCAACGCCAAAGCCAACCAAGAGAAGGCUAUAGAAGAAGCACGUGCUUCAUUAACAGAAGAGAAACGACAGCUUGAAAUGCAGACCAACGCUUUACAGUCCGAUCUGGACGGCACCCGGUUCCAACUUCAGAGCUUAAGGGGCAUCUUGCAGUCGAUGGACGAAGAGAGCAAGUCCAAGGAGUCAGAGCACGCCGAAGCCCUCGAAAAGAUGGAACAAGAAUUGUCGAUGGCCAUACAGAAAGUGGCUGAGAAAUCCACUCAAGUCAUGACACUUCAGUCCCACCACGACCAGACCCUCGCUGAGGUCAAGCAAGUUCUACAGACCAAGGCUCAGGAAGAGCUCGAGAGCCUCCGUAGUGAGCACGAAAAAGCACUAGCAGAUCUUCAGGCUACCUUGGAGAAGGAACAUAAGCAGGCUCUUGACAGAAUCAUGGAGGACCAUGCCAAGUCGAGCGAAGCUGACCAGGAAAAGAACAAGUUGCAACACGAGGACUUGGAGAGGAGAAUGAAAGAGGUGCAUGAUGCCCAAAUGGACGAGAUCAUGAAAACGCUGGAGAACCAAUGGAAGUCUCAAGUGGACCAACUGGAAGAGGCAAAUGCGGCCGUCAGUGCCCGCCUCGCCCAGGCCACGACGGACCAUGCGGGAGCAAUGGAGUCUCUGAAUUCUGAUCAUGAAGCGGCACUCUCGAAGCUACAAGCAGAGCUGGAUGUUGCUCGCCAGGCCUCCGAAACACCAAAGGAUACCACCGAACUGGAUGAAUUGAGGGAUCAGCUCAUUCAGUCUCGCCAGCAACUCGAGCAGCUUGAACAGGAACAUCAGAAGACUAUGGCAGCAGCACUCGAAUCGCAUGAGUCUUCCAUGACAGUAGUGAAGCAGGAACUUGAGACAGCGAGGAAGUCUCUCGAAGAUCGUCCAGACCGUGCCCAACUUGAGGAACUGAGAACCAAAUAUGUUCAAGCACAAUCCUCUCUGGACGAGUUGCAUGUUAAGCACGAGCAAGCGUUACGCGAAUCCCAGGCUGGAUAUGAUGACAUGAUCGAGAAACUUUAUGCCGAAUUGAACGAGGUCAAGAAGGGUGCUGAAGAUAUGCCCAGUGCAACGGAGCUUCAGAACGUCAGGGCGGAGCUCGAAGGUUUCAGAAAGACCAUCGCCUCGUUACAAGCCGAACUGGAAGGCGCCAUGCUGGAGAUCGAGACCCAACGAGGGAUGGCUGAGGACGCCCAAAAGGAAGUCAACAAACUCAAGCAAGCUCAGAAGGAGGUCGUCUUGCCAAGUCCAAAGCCUCGGGGCAAGAGUCGCAGCCCGCGGAGAAAAUCAAUGAACCCGCUCACUCCGACAGGUCCAAAGAAGGGUCUCGAGUCAAGCAAGUGGGCUACUCCUGAAGAUGCAGUUCCUGCAGAAGAGCAUAUUGGCGAAACCUCCACCAGCGGCUUGAGAGGAGCUGUGGCUUCCCAGGACAAUGACGAUGGUGUCCCCUCGGAGGAAGCAUCCAUCCCGCCUGUCGAGUCCACUCCAACAGCUCCUAAACGCAAUGUGGCCGGUCAAUUGGCGGGUAUCCACGAAGAGAUCAAGCAAUUGAGUGAGCUCAGUGACGAGAUGUUUGAUGACCAUCAGAAGAUGGCUAGAACGUUGAACAAGGUUGAUGAUACCACAGCGACCACGGUCGAUGUUGAAGAGCAGGGCGAUGAAUGA